GCAGCGCUGCCACGGCUUCAGUCGUGUGGCAGCCGCUGGGGUGCUUGUCUCGCGGACCCUGCAACCCGGCCCGGAGGAGUCGCCUGCGACGAUGGACCUCCUGCGUCACUUGCGAUACCUGGCGCUACUCAUCCUCGUCUUGGCCACGUACUUCAGCACCGUUCUCGCCCGACAACACCCGAUCCGGCACCGCCACCACCGCCACAAGCGGCAGCACGCCGCCCCCGGCCGCCGGCCGAGCAGCUUCGUGGUGGUGGGCGGCGGCGGCGGGGCCGACGAGGGCGCGUGGGGGCCGUGGUCCGAGCCCAGCCCCUGCUCGCGCUCCUGCGGCGGCGGCGUCGCCUCGCAGCUGCGCCAGUGCGCCGACAUCAGCAUAGAUGGCCAGCCCCUGUGUCGUGGAGGUUCCAAGAGAUAUUUCUCGUGUAAUAUACAGGAUUGCCCAGAGAGAUCGACCGACUUCAGAGCCGAGCAGUGUUACGCCUUCAACUCCGUGCCAUUCGAGGGAAGGCUUCUCGAGUGGGUGCCGUACACCAAGGCGCCCAACAAGUGCGAGCUGAACUGCAUGCCGCGCGGAGAGCGCUACUACUACCGCCACAAGACGAAGGUGGUCGACGGCACGCGCUGCGACGACGAGAAGCUGGACAUCUGCGUGGACGGCACGUGCAUGCCGGUGGGCUGCGACAUGAUGCUGGGCUCCCCGGCCAGGGAGGACCUCUGCCGCGAGUGCGGAGGCGACGGCAGCAGCUGCAACACCGUGCGAAGCGUGUUCGAGAACGACGACCUGCAAGUUGGAUACAAUGACAUCCUUCUGAUCCCAGAAGGAGCAACGAACAUUGUGAUAGAGGAAUUGAAGCCUUCCAACAACUAUUUGGCGAUCAGAAACCUGACGGGUCACUACUACCUGAACGGCAACUGGAGGAUAGACUAUCCGCGGAGCCUGAGGUUUGCUGGCACGCUGUUCCAUUAUGAGAGGAAACAUUUACUGUUCUUUGCGUCGGAGUCUUUGAAAGCUCUUGGACCAACAACAGAAGCAAUUUUUGUUGUGCUGCUAUACCAAGAGACUAACCCAGGCAUUCAGUACCAGUACAGUAUUUCCAAGGGCAUUUCUCAGCAGACUGAUCCAGACAGCUAUGCCUGGAUUUUUGAUGACUUCACACCAUGCAGCACAACGUGUGGUGGUGGCCACCAGCUGAGGAAUGUGACGUGUGCUCGGCGCAGGGACCUAGAAGUGGUGGAAGACAAGCUGUGCAACCCUGUUCUGGAGCCGGAGCGCAACAAGAGCUGCGGCACAGACCCCUGCCCCCCCGCGUGGUCCCUGGGCGAGUGGGGGGCGUGCAGCAUGAGCUGUGGCCCGGGGGGCACCCGGUCCCGCCAGGUGUUCUGCGAGCAGGUCGUCGCCAACGGUCUGCCGUCCAUCGUCGACGAGCAGCUGUGUUCCGAGUCCCUGGGGCCACGCCCCUCCGCCACGGAGCCCUGCGGAGAGGAUGUGCCAUGCCCCACGUGGUUCGUCGGUCCCUGGAAGCCGUGCAACCGCUUGUGCGGGGACGGCAAGCACCUGCGACAGGUGGUGUGCUACCACCGGGUCGACGGCAGGGUGCAAGUGCUGGAGGACACCGCGUGCUCGGGGGAGAAGCCCCUGGACUCCAGGCCCUGCUCCCUCGGACCAUGCGAGGGCGUGGACUGGGUGUACUCUGACUGGUCGGGGUGUGAGGACAAGUGUGGGCUGUCAUCCGAAACGAGAACUGCGUUCUGUUCGAACGAAGCUGGAAAAGUUUACCCUGAUGACCGCUGCUUCCCAUACCGUCUCAAGGAACUGAUCAGGGAGUGUGAGAAUCAAAUGACAUGUGAAUUUGAAUGGUAUACCUCCCAGUGGAGCGAGUGUUCGGCGGCCUGCGGGAGCGGCGUGCGGUCGCGCAAGGUGUUCUGUGGCACAUUCGACGGGGAGACGGUGCGGAAGGUGUCGGACGGCAAGUGCGACCCGGGGAGGCGUUACGAGGGGCUCAAGAACUGCACCGGCGAGGAGGAGGAGUGUCCGGGCCAGUGGCACGCCGGGCCGUGGAGCGCGUGUUCCAAGACAUGCGGCGGAGGCACCAUGCAGAGGAAGGUGCUGUGUCUGAUGGGAAACAGUUCUGUGGACGCCACCAAGUGCGAUCCCAACAGCAUACUCUUCUCUACGGAACCGUGCAACGAUCAGCCAUGCAGUGGAGAUCAGAUACUACCCAUGGGACCAAACGCCGACAUAUUCGAAGAGGAGGAAUGUGAAGACGAGGAACCUUAUGUCAUAACCACAACACUGGACGCAAGUAUGGCUUCAGGCGCAGCAGAGGGUGGCACAGAAGGGGAAGCGAACGUGACAGGCGCAGGGACCACUCAGUCAGACUUGAGUGCAGCAACUGCCCACGACAUUAUGCUUAGCGACUCUACUUGGGUCUCUCUCGGAUCCGUGAGUGGAGAACCGUUUACCUCUUUCCCUACCAUCUUGCCGGACACCCUUUCAACAUUCCAAAGCACAGAGGGGCUGUCUUCCAUGUUCACUCCCCUUACGACACACUCCUCCAGUGGCACAGAAGAGAGCACAGAGAGUUCACCGUCAUCUGCAACAACAUCCUCGGGUGAUACUUCAACCGACGUUGAUGUCUCAACCAUUUCUACAGAUGAGGGAACAAUGGAGUCCACCUUGGGAAACUUUUCGUCAUCAUCACAAAUUUCUAGUCUUUCUUCUGAAAGUUCUUCAACAUCAAGUAAUUUUUCAGAAUGGACUUCUGAUGUGACCGUAUCAGAAGAUUUCUCUUCCUCUGAUUCCAAUGUGUCCUCUCUGUCUUCUGAUGGCAUGUCAUCCCUGACAUCUAUCUUAUCAUCUGUGUAUAGUUCCACUGACACUCCAACAUCUGAAACUAUAACGGGAGAUAAUUCAUCAUCUCCUUCUUCAACCAUUUCUUCAGACCUCUCUUCAACUUCAUCUGACAUGUAUUCAUCUACUUCAUCUAAUCUAAGCUCUUCCACUACUUCUGACAUAAGCUCAUCUACUACUUCUGACCUAAGCUCAUCCACUACAUCUGAUCUAAGCUCUUCAUCUACAUCUGAUGUAAGCUUGUCUUCAUCUACAGCUGACUCAACAUUUUCUUCUGAAUCAACCUCUAUGUUUUCUUCAUCAUCGUCGUUAGGUUCGACAAUUGAGUCCAGUCCAUCGAGUCUGAGUACAAGUACCUUAGUAAAUGAUUCCACCAAUAUCUUUACUGAAACCGACGAAGGCUCUGGAACUAGUGAUGGAGGCUUUACAGAUGAAUUUGCUUCCACCGCCCUGACGGGAGAUGUUACACCAACUAGCAUAGUGAAUAUUGUUGAUCAAGAAUUUGAUGAUACAUAUGAUGGUUCAGGUGACGAGACAGCUUCGCCCAACUUAUCGACUGGAACUGACGCAGCCAGCUCAGACUACAGUUCUACUAGCACAGGAGGAUACACAACUACAGCAGUCGACAUGUCAGGCAGCAGUAGUGCAUCUACAGUUAGUGAAUCACCCUCGAGCACUACAGAGUCUUCAGUUACACCCACUUCUCUGAGCAGCAGUACAGCGAGUGAAGAAAUAUCGUCAGCUUUCAGCACGUCUUCAAGUGCGACCAUGCAGAGCUCCAGCACUGAAGAGGGAACUACAGAGAUUGUGGCAACGUCACCAUCUGAAGAGACUGCAUCUUCGUUAGCUGGGGGAAGCACAACGGAGGGGACCAGUGUGGAAGAGAUGGAUGAAAGCGGUGGGGAGCCAUUGACGACUCCGAGCAUUGCUCAGACUGCAUUCCGGGUGGAGCAGAGGCCAAGGAAAUGCAAGAAGAGGAAGGUGCCAAAGCCGGGACCAACGGCUGUUCCUUGUCAGCUGUCUGCUUUCGGGUGCUGCCUUGACAACAGCACAGCAGCGACUGGGCCGUUCGGCAAAGGCUGCCCGCACCCCACGACAUGCGCGGAGACCCAGCACGGCUGCUGCCCCGACGGGGUGUCCCCGGCGGAGGGUCCCGACGACCUGGGCUGCCCGCCGUCGCUGUGCGAGCAGACCCUGUUCGGCUGCUGUCCGGACCGCGUGGGCACGGCACUGGGCAACGACUUCGAGGGCUGCGAGGAGCCCACUCUCCUGCCCGCGUCGUGCAACACCACCGAGUUUGGCUGCUGCCCUGAUGACAUAAUGCCGGCCACUGGCCCAGACUUCGAAGGGUGCCUCGACAUAUGUGAGGGAUCCGGGGACUGUGGCUUGUGCAACAACACGCUGUACGGCUGCUGUCCGGACGGCUACACAGCGGCGUCUGGCGAAAACUUCACGGGCUGUGAAACAGGUUUCUCCAGCACCACGCCCGGGGAACCAGCAGAAGAGGACUGCAGCAACUCCACGUACGGCUGCUGCCCCGAUGGCUUCACGGUCGCCGAAGGCCCGUACUUCUACGGCUGCGAGGACAACUGCACGCAGUCGUACUUUGGCUGCUGCCCCGACGGCCUUACUGCAGCCAAGGGUCCCCGGUACGAAGGGUGUCACACGUCGUGCCAGAACGAGCGCUACGGCUGCUGCUCAGACGGCGUGACUGCGGCACACGGCCCCAACCAGGAGGGCUGCUGCCUCAACACGCCACACGGCUGCUGUCCAGAUAACAUCAUCCCAGCACAGGGCCCCAGCCUUGAAGGCUGCGGCUGCCUGUACAGCCCGUACGGCUGCUGCCCGGACAACGUGACGGCCGCGCGGGGCCCCAACAAGGAUGGCUGUGGCUGCCAGUACACGAGCCACGGCUGCUGCCCCGACGCGUACACCCCUGCGGUGGGACCCCUCUACCAGGGCUGUCCAUGCUACACCUACCAGUUCGGCUGCUGCCCAGACGGCGUCUCCAUCGCCCGGGGUCCCCACGGCGAAGAGUGUGGCUGCCAGAACACAGAGUUUGGAUGCUGCUCGGACGGGAAAACACCGGCUUCUGGGCCACAAGAUGAGGGCUGUGGUUGUGAGGCCUCCAAGUACGGUUGCUGCCCCGAUGGCGAGAUGCCAGCGCAGGGCGACAACUUUGAGGAGUGUCUCGACUCACCAAUAAUUCCUUCAGUGGCAUGCUUGGAGCCCACGGACAGAGGCACCUGCAAGGAAUACAAGGUGAAGUGGUUCUUCGACGCCGAGUACGGUGGCUGCUCCCGGUUCUGGUACGGAGGCUGUGAGGGCAACAACAACCGCUUCAACAACCAGGAGGAGUGCAAGGCGAUGUGCGUCGAGCCCAAGGGGAGAGCUGCUUGUUACCUGCCGAAGAUCUCCGGUCCGUGCAAGGAGUACCAUCCCAUGUGGUACUACGACGCGGAGAGGAAGCAGUGCGGCCAGUUCAUAUACGGCGGGUGCCUCGGGAACAACAACAAGUUCGAGACGCGGGAAGAGUGUGAAGGGCUGUGCGUGCUCCCGGACACCGUCGAUGUGUGUGAGCAGCCACAAACGGAGGGCCCCUGCCGCGGGAACUUCACUCGAUGGUACUACGACACGGAGAGUGGUCAGUGCAGACACUUCUCGUACGGCGGCUGCAAAGGCAACGGCAACAACUUCCUCACGGAAAGUGCUUGCCAGCAGAGGUGUUUGCAACGAGGCAAGAGUCGAGUAAUGGAUAUUUGUGCACUUCCCAAGGACAUGGGCCCUUGUCCUGGGGCGAUCCUACGCUGGCACUAUGACGCCACCGACGAAACGUGCAAACAGUUUGUGUACGGAGGUUGUCAGGGCAACGCAAAUAGGUUCCGAACCGAGGAAGAAUGCAGGAGCGAGUGCCAUGUCUUGUCGGAUGCUAGAGAGCAGGACACGUGCCUCCUGCCUGCUAUGGUGGGCGAGUGCUACAACUACACGGAGAGGUGGUACUACGACUCAUUCGAGGUGUGGUGCCGCACCUUCUACUACGGCGGCUGUGGUGGCAACCACAACAACUUCCCCUCGAUGGAAGCGUGCCAGCAGCGCUGCGAGCCAGGGUUCAGCACGCCCAAGCCCCCGCAAGCGUUCCUGACAGAAUUCUGUUUCAAGGACUAUGACCAGGGCCCAUGCUCUGAGUCUGUUGCCUACUGGUUCUAUGACAAAGGUGACGGGGUGUGCAAACAGUUUGUCUACGGCGGCUGCCAAGGCAACGAAAACCGAUUUACUUCUCGACAGGAGUGUGAGAAGAUGUGCGGAAACGCCCAAGAUAUUUGUGCGCUGCCCCGAGUGGUCGGGCCGUGCAGAGGGAGGCAGACCAACUGGCACUACGACCCGGCGAGCGACUCCUGCCAGGAGUUUGAGUACGGUGGCUGCCAGGGCAACGGCAACAGGUUCGCGGACCAGCAGGCCUGCGAGGAGCGCUGCCAGAGGUCGCGCGCCAUUGCGACGGCGCGGCCGACCCCUGGGCCCGUGUCGACGGCGUACCCCGCGGCGGUGCUGCAGCCCUCCGACAUCUGCCUGGCGCCGGUGACGCGUGGCCCGUGCUCGGAGGAGCAUCCCGCCUGGUACUUCGACGGCUACUCGCGCACCUGCCAGGCGUUUGUGUACGGUGGCUGCGGCGGCAACGCCAACAGGUUCGAGUCGGAGGAGCAGUGCGAGAGGCAGUGUGGGUCUUUCAUCGGCACAGAUGUGUGCAACUUGCCGUACGACAUCGGUCCUUGCCGCGGGGCAUUCCCGAAGUGGUACUACGACCCUCAGACCAAGAGCUGCCGGGACUUCACAUACGGGGGAUGCGCUGGCAAUGGCAACCGGUUCAGCUCCAUCUCCGAGUGUGAGCUCGUGUGUCUGCACAGGGAGGAGACACAGCCGUCCACUAACAACACAGAAGGGACUGCACAAGCCAUUUGUAGCCUGCCUGUCGACAUUGGCCCAUGUAGCAACAGCUACUAUAAGAGGUGGUAUUUCAAUACCGAGCACGGCACCUGCCUUCCGUUCCUCUACAGCGGUUGUGCAGGGAACCUUAACAGGUUCAAGAACUUCCAGAGCUGUGAGGAGUACUGUUCAGUUUUGUCGGAAGAGUUCGGUAGUGGUGAGCCGGACCAGUCAUGGAACGCGAUAGACGUCGGGGAGCGGCCCGAGAAGCCGGGCGACAGCUGCGAGGCGGCGGCGCGGGAGUGCGGCCAGCUGCGCUGCCCCUACCGCACCGACAAGUACGUGGACGGCGAGUGCACGCGGUGCCGCUGCCACGACCCCUGCCGGGACGCCAUGUGCCCCGCCGGCACCCAGUGCGCCGUCGACCUCUUCUCCAGCCCCGCGAGCUCCGAGACCGAGUUCCGGGCCGUCUGCCGGCAGGUGAACAAGCCGGGCCUGUGCCCGCGGCUGACGCCGGGCGCCGGCACCUGCCACAAGGAGUGCGAGACGGACGCGGACUGCGCCGCGGAGCUCAAGUGCUGCCUCAACGGCUGCGGCUCGUCAUGCAUCAGCCCGUUCGCCCCGCCGGAGCCGCAGAUACUGACCACCAAGUCACCGGCGCUCCCGGAGGAGCAGACCUACAUUCCGUGGGCCGGCGAUUUCCCCGCAUCCGUCACCUCUCCAGAGACAGCUGUGAGCGCCGAGGAGGGCGGCGUCGUGACCUUGCAUUGCGUUGCGUCUGGGAACCCGGUGCCAUCCGUCAUAUGGCGGAAAGGAAGGCUCACAAUUACAGGCACGGGAAGCAGGCACAAGAUCUUCCCUGACGGCAGGUUACGAAUCACAGCACUGACGCGCAGCGAUGCGGGCACCUACACUUGCUUCGCCAGCAAUGGUGUUGGCCAGCCUGCUCAGCUAGACUUCACCCUUGACGUCAAAGAUCCCGUGUCACGUCCCGCCGAGAUAAUCGGCGACGACGACACGUUCACGGUGGCGGAGCUGGGCGCUCCCGCCGUGCUGCACUGCCACGCCACCGGCUGGCCACGGCCGCUCGUCACCUGGUUCCAAGGCAGCCGCAUGAUGCCGCGCGGCUCCCGGCAGUACGAGGUGUUGCCGGACUUCUCCCUGCACAUCCGCGCGGUCACGCUCAGCUCGCUCGGCCCGUACACCUGCCAGGCGUACAACGGGGUGGGGAGCGCCGCCUCCUGGAGGGUCACGCUGCAGGUGUCGGGGCCCGUGCACGUGGGCGGUCGCGACGCGGCGUUCGUGACGUACGUGGUGCCGCGCCCCACGCGUCCCCCCGCCCCCGGGCGGCCCGAGUACCCGUACAGGCCCACCCCGCCGCCCCACAGGCGGCCGCGCACACGCCGCCCCCGCCCCCGCCCCCGCCCCACCAUGGCCGCACUAACCACCGUCCCUCCAGCACCACUAACAGCCGUGCCCGACACCCCCCGGAUCUACAGAGUCCCGGUGAAGACCAACGUGACAAUGACCCAGACGUUGUUUCCUGUGGGAAGUGAUAUUUCCAUACCAUGUGACGUUGAUGGCUACCCCAUUCCUGUUGUCACUUGGUACAAAGAUGAGGUGCCUCUGCAGUCCAGUGAGAGGAUACAAAUUACAGAGGGCCAUCGGCUGAUGAUAAGUAAAGCAAACUCCUCGGACACCGGAACAUAUCGAUGUGAAGCUGUGAAUGACUUUGACAAGUCAUCAAGUGCAACAUCACUAGUAGUUGAAGGAACGUACAUUCACCCCAACUGCACGGACAACCCGUUCUUCGCCAACUGCCGCCUGAUCGUGGAAGCGCGGUACUGCACACACAAGUACUACGCCCGCUUCUGCUGCAAGUCCUGCACCAUCGCCGGCCAGCUGCCCUCGUUUGGUCCCCACCUACAGAAGUCAGGUAUUAUCUCUUCCAGUGUACAAGAUUGAGAUCGCUAGUCUGUCAAGCAUUUCACAGCGUGCAGACGUCAACUCACUACGUCACCCACGGGUAGGCUUCUGCAGGGCCAUAGUGCCGGGGGGAGGGGAGGAAAAUAAUUUUGCAGAGUCCACACAUUAAUUAAUCUACAACUUUUCUAACCCCACAGUUAAAAAAAAAAUUUUAAAACUCUUUAAUCAUUACUGAUGUGAUCUUAGCGUAUCGCAUAACUUGUAAGUUUUUCUAUGAAUCUAUAAAUACCAGACUUCAAAUUUCAUCUUAUCAGCAUUAAUAACAAUCUUAAUACUCAACUGAGCCCCUCCCCGGAGAUUUUUCCCCCUCCCACGAUGGCCCUGGGCUUCCGUGAAACUUUGUAAAAACAUGUUGAAUCUCUGAUGUGAACUGAAUCAAACUUCAGGUAAACUUGUUUACCAACUAAUACUACUCAGAGCUGAUAAUCCAUUUUUACUCAAGGCCAUAGACACUUUAAAUGAGUAUUUUAACAUUGGUUUUAACCAUUAAACACUGGAAGCUCAUCGCAAAUAAGUUGUUUCUAAAUUAUAUUUAAUAAUGGCUUACAUGAAUGCAUUGAAAAAAAAUUCAAUCAUUAAUCCUUCUCAGAUCAUUUAACAUAAAUCAUUAAUAUUCGUGGCAAAUACUUAGCUCACCAAGAGCGAAUUCUUUGAACCCUUUGAGUGAAAGUACAUAUAAUUUUGUUUCUGUUCAGAUUCAAAUUUGGGUGACAAAUGAACUUCAAAUAGUCAUAUUUUUGAGCUAAAUAUCACCUACAUACUCUCUAAUUACUUUUUUUAUGUACUGAGAUCAUGUUUUGAUUGUUUUGUAUGCAUUUACACAAACAAAAAAUUGUAAAAACAAACACACAAAUAACUGUUCUAAUGAGUGGUAAAUAAGUUCAAAAUAAGAAGUUUACAUAAAUAGAAAUUGAUGCAAACAUACGUAUAUACAUAUUUAAAAUAAUUACAACCAAAUUGUUACGUGAAUGUACUUUACCACAGCAUGUUUGACUUGAUAACUCCGUCGUGAAGGGAUCAAGGUAGAUGACGUAUAGUAUUAUGUAAUAUUUAGGUUGAUUCAAAGUAGGUCUGUAAAUAUAUAUUUUGUUGGUGCUAAGCAUUCUACAUUUAAUUCAGCAGAGAUUCAAAAAUCACAACUAAUGUGAAUGUGAUUUAGUGAGUUGAUUCAUUCUGAUUAAGUCCUGUUCGCAGAACCCUACCCGUGUCUUAUGACAUAGCAACACAAAGAUGACUCUUAAUGUGACAUGCUAUUUCCCCAGGAGUUAAUUUAUUUUUGUUCUAAAUAAUGUCAUUACUUUUCCCAAUGCUCUUCCGUGAGAGAUGAAGUUACUGAAAGAAAAAACUUGGAACAUUUUUGUUCCUGCUAGUCAUUUUGGUUCAUCAGAUGCACCCAGUCGCUGGUAAGGUGACACACACUCAGUGUCUACAGUUGAGUAAAGUGUGCAACAAUUUGUUUGCUUGUGUAAGUUUGACAAUCAUGUGUGCAUAGUUUGUCAAAAUGAAAAAAUAUAUAUAUAUAUUAGUUGCUGCACUGCUGAGAAAUUAUGGUGAUUGUUGUGAAAUAUUUAUAUUCUUACAAAUCAGGCUUAUAAUAUGCUGAAUAUAGGUAGCUCAGAUACUUACUCAAAUGCUGGUCUUCUCAACAACAAAGUUCCCGUCAAUACAAAACUUACAAUACAGUACGGCUUUGUUAUUGUGGGCUGUACUUUUUACAUCUUCUGCACCCAAAUGGUGGAGAAAGUACAAAGGGUCUAAAUAUUACUGCCAUAACUCAUGACUUCAUGAGAGCUAAAAAAAAAAUUAUUUUUUUAAAAAGAAAGGUAUAAAUAACUGCAAUUUAUAGCUGGCAUUGAAUUUUAUAUGCACCGACAUUAACACAUAAAAUAUGUUUAAUCUUUAUUUUAAUAUUAUUUAUACAAAGCUAAAUAAUCCUCUGGAAUGUAAAACUUUCUUUUUCAUUUAGUUUUAUCUUAAACAUGUUGUUUUCUCUUAGAUAUUAUUACUAGUACAACUUAAUUAUUUGCAAACUAUAUUAUUUUAAUGCAUAACUUACCUAACCAAGAAUGCUGCAUUUCGAAACACAGAUAUAAAUACAAAUUCAUAUUUGCCGCUGACCCGCUUGUUCUACGCCAUAUGCACCACCGCCUCAAACAGACUUAGGAGUUGUAACUACACCCACCAGUUGAACAGUUUGGUUGCAGUAACUUGAUUACUACUACUAGCAACAAGGACACAAAGUUUCUGUUUAGUUGCAGUUUAGGUACAGCCCUCACAAACAGAACCUGUGUUUACCAAAUCCCUGUAUGGGAGGUAUUUUUUUUUAUUUUUGUACCUAAUGGGAAACAAAGUUUUUGCAGAUAUACAAAACUUCCAUUGCCAACAAAACUGUUCCCAGCAGUGCUGACUAUUAUUAAAAUGUUAUUUACCUAUGAGGCAUAAACACACAAAAAUUUGUGUAAAGUACAGUAAUUUUAAAAUGGAUAGUAAAUAAUGUUAAAAUGUUUGACUAAGGUUUUGACUUUUAAAUUACUGAGCCUGUACACAUUAUCAUCACAAUCAAGCAAUUUAUUUCCAUUGUUUUCCUAAACCUACUGAAAUUAAAAUAACUAAGUAAAUUCAAGAUGCUUAUGUAAAAUAAAUCAGUUUUUUUUAGUGCAAAAGUAAUGGAACCAUUAUAUUUAUAUAACUUUAAAAAUUAGGAAAUCAUGUAAAAUUAAAUAUUAAAAAUAAUUCAACAAAAUUCAGUUACAGAAAAUAUAUGCAGGACUGUAUGCUAGGAUUGGCUUCAAAAAGAAUAUAUGUUACUUAUUAAGCUUAAGAGGCUAUCCAUAUAACUUGUAAUGUAAAAAUGGAUACAUGCUUGCAUACUGUUAAAAGAAAAUUGCUUUUACUCUCCAUUUUCAGCAUUUUUCACACGAAGCCCGCAUGCGUAAAAAGGUGACUGGUUGGUGGAAAAUCAUCUUGUAAAAAACAAAAACUGUAAACUUACAUAACAGUCGUUUCUCCAUGCACAACUUAAAGUGAUGCUGGCUUAUGUAUUUUUUUCUUUCAAGUUGUUCUGCUACAUUAUGUUUUACUUUUAUGCUGAUUUUUUUUGUUAUGUUGCAUAAGUUGAAAUUAUAUUUGCAAUAACAUGAAAAAUGUAUAUAUAAUUAAUUAAAUAUAUUAUAAUAUGCUCACAAAAUUACCACUGCCAAUUAUUUUCUAAGGCCCUUAUGGUGCCAGAGCACAUUUUGUUUUGUAUUAUACUUUUGUUUCCUAAAAGAAACUUAAAUUUUGUAAUUAAAUGAGUCUGUUGUUUUAAUCUUGUAACUUUAUGCAUUUGUAUGUGUAUGUGUAUAGUUAUGUUUUGUACGCUAAAUGAUUAUGUAUUUUUACAGUGAAAAAUUUUAAAUUAAAUGUUGUCAUUAAGUAUUCUAAAGUUAUGAAUUUGUAAAUAUCUCAAACAUAAAAAAUGAAUAAAAUAAAUUCUUAUUUA